CAACCAAACACGGAAAUGAACCUGACCGCCUUUGUUUCGUUUUCUGUUUAAAGCAGCUUUCAGCUAUGGGUGAUUUCUCUGUAAACCCUCUGGUUUGGCUCGGUGUGGGCUCCAGCUUUGCCUGCUCCGGUUUAUUUUAUCAUCUAUAUCAGGAAAAAAAGAAGGAGUUGAAAAAGCUCAAGGAAAUCCCAAUUUUCCAACCUGAUGAUUAUUUAAUCAAAGUGCUGAACGCAUCCCCGUACAAGCGACUUCAGUAUGUUGCUGUUGAAGGUGUUGUUCAGGCUGACGGGGAGCCCCUGCCAAGCAAGUUUGUCCCUCGGUGUCAUGGUGUGAUCCAGAAGGUUGUUGAGGAGGAGCACUGGAAAUACUGGAACUAUGUCACCAGGACUUGGUAAUUCCAAUUAGCG